AAGUAUUACGCAUGUCCACAUUUGAAUCCAGCCGAAAACACGAAAAUGCACGAGCGUUCUGAUGCCAGCUGUGAUCAGUCAAAGUCUGCAGUGGCCAAACAGGAUCAGGGUUGCAGCUGUGAGUAUUUAGUAGCUGAACGCGAUUCACAAGGAUGUGCCACAUCCUACUUUACGCUUUGUCAGCGCGAAAAGUCUGCUUUCGAUGCCAUCUCACUUGGAGCGCUCUAA